UUUACAACCAGUAAAACAAAAAACAAAAAUUUUACUAGAAAAAACACCAGCACUCUCAACAAACUCUGACGGGGUGGAAGCCCUCAAUAUCAAGAAAUGCAAACUAGAAACCACAACCAUGAGCAAGUCAUAUGCAAACAAGAAAACUAAGCUGGACUCAGACAGAAGCAAAAUUUUUUCCUUCCAGAAAACAAAAAACUUUGGUAGUAAAGGCAACAAAACAAAGACCAAUACAACCUCUACAGUAGAGCCUGUAGUUAACAAGUUUACAAGUUUUGAACUAGAGGACAGCACUGCAAGUUGGGCAAACCAAGUGGAAAAUGAGCAAAAAUAUCAAACAGAAACUCUCAAAACUCCUUUGACCUUAAGAAAAACAUGUAAUAACAAUGAAAACUUGGAAAACAACAAGUAUACAAAAGAUACAGAACACAUGUCAAAUGAUGAAAACAACAAACAGGCAUCUGAUAACAAGCAUGUGUCUGACAACAAACAUGUGCCAAAUAAUGACCAACCAGGGACCUCCUCUGCAGGCACCCCAAAUAACACACUAACUCCAAACAACCUACAG